CUAGUGCAGGGCUAUGUUAAGUGUGUGCGUUAUUUAUUUAUUAAUUAUCACCGCUGUCCCAGCAUGGGCAAUUCCAUCAGAGUGGUUUGUCAAAUAUGUGUGGUACACUGGUAUUUUGAUAUUUGUUGAACCGAUACAAUGCGUUUCUGAAACCAAGACUACAUCCAGCUGGUGCUCUCUGAUUAACUGUUCAAUUUCGUCUUUAUUUGGCGGCAGACCAUUGAUUUUCCAGAUCGCCACCCUUAAUGAAGCUGCCAUCACAGCCGGCCUCUCCGUACUGUUUGCGGAUGACACAACAGUUAUGGUUAGCGCGCGCACGUACGAACAGCUGGGACAGAGAAUCGACGAAGGGUGUGAGCAGCUCCAGAGGUGGUUUUCAUCGAAUGGGUUGCUGCUGAAUAUCACUAAAUCCAACAUCAUGGUUUUCUCGGGUCGAGGUCUCACAGUUCCUCCGUGUGUAGCAAGCAAUCCGAUGCCGAUAUGCAAUGAGAGUAGGUUCCUUGGCUUCACUCUGGACUCGAACCUUAACUGGAAGUGCCAUGAUGACAGACUGUGUGAUAGACUGAGUGGUGCAGUCUUUGCGUUGCGUAAACUGAAAUUGGUCAUUUCUGAUUCUGCAUUAAGACAGGUCUAUUUUGCAUAUUUUCACUCGCUGAUGUCGUACGGUUCACUCAUAUGGGGUAACUCCACGGAUGCUUGAACCGUCUGACGAAACAUUU